AUGUUGACGGCUGGAUUAAUAACUGAGGGAAUGAUUGGCGCGGUGGUGGAUGUGACGUUUGAUAAGCAUCUGCCGCCGAUACUGAACGCUCUGGAAGUUCCUGGACGAAAACCGCGCUUGAUACUCGAAGUUGCGCAACAUUUGGGAGAGAAUUCAUGUAGGACGAUAGCAAUGGACGGCACUGAGGGGCUAGUGAGGGGACAAGCGAUAGUGGACACGGGCGCGCCCAUCACUAUUCCCGUGGGAGAGCCCACUUUGGGCAGGAUCAUUAAUGUUAUUGGAGAACCUAUUGACGAGCGCGGACCGAUUGAGACGGAUCAGUACGCUUCCAUUCACGCAGAAGCACCUCCCUUUGUGGAGAUGUCGGUUAAACAAGAGAUUCUCGUCACUGGCAUCAAAGUCGUGGACCUUCUGGCUCCAUAUGUGAAAGGUGGUAAGAUCGGUCUGUUCGGAGGAGCCGGAGUGGGCAAGACGGUCCUCAUUAUGGAGUUGAUCAAUAACAUCGCCAAAGCUCAUGGAGGUUUCUCGGUA